AUGGACCGCGGCCACGACUCGUGGAGCUUGAAUUGCGAAAAAUCAGAUCGGUCAGUUGUAAUCGGUUGGAGCCUCGUCGGGGUGUUUAUGUUGGGGGCAUGAAUCCGCUGACGAAUAUACGCAAUCAGAACCGUUUAAAUGAGCGAGAGGUCAAUUUCGGGCUAUCGGGAGGCAACAAGAAUUCGUGGCAUGAGAAGUAUCGCAAUUCAGCGUGGAUUUACAUUGGUGGAUUACCCUACGGUCUUAACGAAGGCGAUGUUUUAUCGGUUUUCUCGCAGUUCAUAUGUCGAUCGCUACAACAUUUCGCCCCGAGUUAUCUGAAGCACCAAUAUGGCGAAAUUGUCAAUAUAAAUUUAAUUCGUGAUCGAAAAACAGGUAAAUCACGAGGUUUUGCGUUUAUUUGCUAUGAAGAUCAACGCUCAACAAUUUUGGCUGUUGAUAAUUUUAACGGAAUCAACUUACUCAAACGUACGAUACGUGUGGAUCAUGUUGAACAAUACAAGGUGCCCAAAUACAAUGAAGAUGUUGAUGAAGAAAUCCGUCGAGUAUGGGAAGAAGGAUGCGCACCCAAACCAGUUAUUUCACAAGGUUCAUAUUUAUUGUCGAAAAAAACAUUUUUCAUUUUUUCUCUACCAGAGGCCUGGGAGGUAGAGGCCUGGUUCUGCACCUUAGGCCUAAUAUUGCGCUCUUUUGGAUGA